AGGCGUAAUAUUCAGACAUCUUAUCAUUGUGAUUUUGUAUAUAUUUAUUUUUGGAUAUUGUCUACAAAUGCCAAAAUGGGAAAUUCGGAGAGUAGCGUUCCAGACGCAGAAGAUUACAGAAUGCAUAAUGUACCUAUUAAAUUGCCAAUGCCCGAUCCAAAAGAAUUAAAUGCUCAAUUUGAAAGGGUGUUGGGUUCUAUGGACCUGUCCCCAGACAAGAUCAAAGUAUUGGUAAACUACGAUAACGACAAGAAAUGGGAAUUAAUAUGUGACCAGGACAAAGUGCUGAUAAAAAAUCCUCCACAGUAUUACAUCGACACUUUACAGAGCUACUUAGAUCCAUCAUUAAGAAGUAAAAGAUUUCGACGCCGAAUUGCAAACUCCACAAAAACAUUGAGGGAGCUGGAAAUUUCGUUACGAACAAAUCAUAUUGGAUGGGUUCGUGAAUUUCUAAAUGAAGAAAAUCAAGGUUUGGAUGUUCUUGUUGAAUACUUAGCGUUUGCUCAAUUGGCGAAUACAUAUGGUGGUGUUAUUCCAACACAUAACAACCUGUUAUCAACUUCCAAGAGUUCAAACAGUACUGGAGACUUAAGUGUGGGUUAUGGAAGUUUACCAUCAGUCGAUAAACGAUCAAGUGUUGCUUCUUCGUUAUCAAGAAAUCGUAAUAAUUCACUUCCAAAUAGAAGAACAUUGAAAAAUUCACAAACAAUAGUAGACAGAGAUGACGUCCAUGUUUGUAUUUCUUGUCUUCGAACAAUCAUGAAUUAUCAACAUGGUUUUCGUCUUGUGACGUCUCAUCCUCAGUGCGUCAAUGAGAUUGCGUUGAGUUUGAAUAAUAAGUCAUUGAGGACAAAAUCAUUGGUUUUGGAGUUGUUAGCAGCUGUUUGUCUUGUUGAAGGUGGCCAUGAAAUUAUUUUAAGAGCUUUCAAUAAUUUCAAAGUUGCCUGUGCCGAACCAAGAAGGUUUUUCAGGUUAAUGCAAUACUUCAAAGCAGAAACUGAUAAUAUAGAUUUCUUGGUAUCAUGUACACAAUUCAUCAACAUAGUUGUACAUUCAGUGGAAGAUAUGAAUUUUCGAGUUCACUUACAAUAUGAAUUCACAAUGCUUGGAUUGGAUGAAUAUUUAGAGACACUUCGGUUAACAGAGAGUGACAGGUUGAAAGUUCAAAUUCAAGCUUACAUUGACAACAUGUUUGAUGUAUCUGCCCUACUUGAGGAUUCAGAAUUAAAAACCACAGCUCUUGAAAGAGUCGAAAGUUUAGAAGAUCAAGUUCUCACUUUGAAUGAAAAAAUUCAGGAACAAGAAUAUGAGAAUAUGACUACAAUCGUGGAAUUAGAAAAACAACUGUCAGCUAAGAGUAAUGAAAUCACAGAAAUUAAGGCCGCAAUCCAGAAAGGAUUGCUCAUGAAUGGAAGACUACAAGAGAAAAGUCUUCCACCUUUAUCAAAACUUGGACCACCAAGUGAUGAUACCCCCGGUUUGAAUGUCAAAGUUAAGGACCCUCUUACUGAUAUUAAUAAAUCAUCUACACCUCCUGCACCUACGAUUUCAUUCAGCAGCAAAUCUGGUGGUGACUUACCACCUGCACCACCUGCACCUCCUGCACCUCCUCCACCACCACCACCGCCUCCACCUGGUGCUCCACCUCCACCAGAAAAACCGAUCAAUCCACUACAUUUUAUGAAAGGAGAAAAAUUUCAAAUGAACGGUAUGCCGAGCUUUCCUGGAUCUAGCAAUUUACCAGGAGGACUUCGGGCUAAACCAAGACAUCAAACCAAAUAUAGAUUACCUGUAUUGAAUUGGAAAGCUUUAAAACCAAAUCAAGUUGCUGGAACAGUGUUUACUGAACUAAAUGAUGACAAUGUUCUAAAUGAACUUGACAUGAAUGCUUUUGAAGAGAUAUUUAAGACAAGAGCACAAGAUUCUGAUGCUGAUAAAUUGAGAAUGAAAAAAUUAACGGAAGCAAAACAGAAACGUGGAAUGUCACUUAUUGAUGUGAAUCGUGCAAGAAAUCUAUCCAUCACACUGCGUAAGAUCGGGUUAAGUACAGAUGAGAUAUGUCGAGCGGUAUAUAGUUAUGAUCUACAAGCAUUACCAUUGGAAUAUGUUGAAAUGUUACCACGAUUCAUUCCAAACGAAGUGGAAUUGAAAGCUUUUAAACAAUAUGAAAAAGAUGGAAAACCAUUUGAAACUUUGGCGUCAGAAGACAAAUUUAUGUGGCUGUUUGGGAGAGUGGAACGACUUCAACAGCGACUGAAUAUCAUGAUAUUUAUUGGUAAUUUCAAUGACACGAUACAUUCUCUCACUCCACAACUUGCCGCUGUUAUUGCUGCAUCCAUGUCGAUUAAAUCAUCUCAAAAAUUAAAGAAAGUUUUGGAAAUCAUACUCGCACUUGGAAAUUACAUGAACAGCUCAAAACGAGGAGCCGUUUAUGGAUUCAAACUGCAAAGUUUAGACUCUUUACUUGAUACUAAAUCAACAGACAAGAAGCAAUCUUUACUCCACUAUAUUGUCAGCGUCAUACAAACAUAUUAUCAAGAUAUACAAGAUUUUUAUCAAGAAUUACGAUAUGUGGACAAAGCCAGUAAAGUUUCAUUGGACACCUUAUUAUCUGAUGUUGCACAAAUCAAAAAAGGAAUGGGGUUAACUCAACGAGAACAUGAGACACAUCAUCAUCCUGUCAUCAAAGAAUUUCUAGAGAUGGCUGAACCUAAAGUACAAAAGUUAUAUUCGGAUGCAGCAACUUCACAGGAAGCAUUUAAAGCUGUCGCUGAAUACUUUGGCGAAACUCCCAAAGCAAUGCCACCAGAGACGUUCUUUCCUAUGGUUGAUAGAUUCUUAAAAUCAUAUGCAAAAGCAGAACAGGAUAUAUUGAAUUGGAAAAACCAAGAGGCAAAGAAAGCUUUGAGACAAGGCCAACAAAAGAAGCAAAAGAGUAAGAAAACGAAUCAUACAAAAAGCGAGAAUCAAAAUAACAAUGCUAAAAUUGAAGAGGAACGUGUAAUUCAAGAAUUAAGAUCCAAACAGCAUAGAAGAGAUAGGAGAGCGGUACAAAGCAAAGAUGGUGUUAUUGAAGAUAAUAUUAAUUAUAUUAAAUCCGAACCGUAUCGACGAGCAGAUGCAAUGAAUCGUAGUUUUAAAAGAAAACAAAGAGGUGAAAGAGAGAGGGUGAGGAAGCAACCAGUUUCAACUAUGCUCUGAAUAGCAAUAUCCACUGGUAAACUGGAUUGGUUCAGAUUAAACUGGCUCGAUCCGGUUUAAUCCUGAAUUGCUAACCCAAGCAGCAGAAGGAGGAGAGACUGCUACAUCCAUCUAUCAUGGUUUAACAGCUACAACUAUAUCCAUUUAUGUUGAAAUUGAUAGGUUGGGACAAUAGCAUCCAUGACUUAAAUUAAGACUACUAAUAUGAGAAUUGUAAAUAAUAUAGCUUUAUUAAUUUGAAAGCUGUUUAACAAACACGUGCUUCCAUCCUUUUCUUACUUCUGAGUAUUGCAUUUUUAGGUAUCUAAUUGAAGCAUAAAGGGGACAUACCCGUAUUUACAUAUGCCUGCAUAACGGUAUUAUAAAUCAGAAACCAAUACACCAAUUGACCAUCAAACCUUGGUUCCUAUUGGGGCUACUAGUCACAUAGCAAGGAUUUCUAUCCAAAUAACCAUCGUUAUAGUAUUCUAUUUAAUAGAUAAAAUAUAUUUUGAGACAUUAUAUUGAGAAUUAUAUUACUGUAAUAUCUUAGGCCCAAAACGUAAUAAAUUCGUUAUUUUUAAUCACAUAAAUUUUUAGAUUGGGUAUAAUAUUUCGAUGUAUUCCAUCAUUGACACACACUCACACAAAAACACACACAUAUUCUGUAUUUUUCAGUUUGGAAGUUACAUUACUUUAACGAUCAGUAUUUUGUCACUAUAUUUUCAUGUUGCAUCUAAAUAAUGUUACAUUUUAUCAAUGUUACUGGAUAGCGAGCCCGCCAUUACCUCAUUUGUGAACAGUGUUGGCGCAAUUAUUACCCGAUUGGAUUGGUUGAAUAAUAUUUUGUUUUUCUAGAGAUGUUUCAGAAUUUCCGGGUGCAAUUUUCGCAUACCACGGUGUUAACUGGUAGCAUAAAUACUAGGCGAAAUUUGUUAGAAAUUCUCGGCCUUCAAUUAAUAUCUGUAGAUUUAAUUGCAUUUUUAUCCUUCCUGCUGUGAUCUUUAAAAUCAAUUUAUGUCAUCGUCGGAAACCAAAAUAUUUGAGCAGCCGUAUACUAUCGGACUAAAAACGACUACUAAUGUCCAACUUUGUAUAUCUUCACUCAAUGCAAAACAGAAGCUUUUAUAUUUCUACUGGCAUUUAACAAUAGAAUGCAACAAAUUGUAGCAUUCAUUCUAUGACGUUAUUAAGCAAAUAAGAACACCAUCCUUCGCGUUCAGUGUUACCACAAUCAUUUCUUUAUUUCCGAAGAUUAUUUUCAGUCACACAUUACUUAGCCUAUCUUGCCCGUUAUUUGUGUCUGUAUAAUUAAGAACACAAUUUUUGUGAUAUAAUUGUAGAUUUAUUUCAGCUAUCCUCAUGAAAUAAUGUCGGGUCAGAUAUUUUAAAAUAGAAAUCCUCAACGAGUCGAAAAAAGAAGUUACGUCGACCACCAAAGCUAAGAUUAGGUUUAUUUAGGAAAUCAUUCUAAAAUUCUGGUGGACCCAUAUACCGUACAUUACCCAAUAAAUAUUACAGGUUGUAGGAAGAUGACUCUAGCGGACUGUAAAAUUAAAAGAAUUUAUCCCUCUUAUUUAGUUAUUUUCGCCAUUUUGCCGACUGAACUCUCUAAACAACCUGAAUUGUUAUCUAUUUCUGACGUAUGGAUGUUUUUAUUCUAUAAUAUUCAUUCAAAUGAUGAAAUCAAUUCCGCAUUGAAUAUUGUGAUGUUUAUUUUAUUAUUUAUUCAUGUGAUAUGUUUUUUCUCUCACAGCUGUUUACACAAGCAUGAUUCGAAUAUCGACUGUUUCCCCCACAUAUAUACAUACUUUUAAGAUGCUUCUGAACUAAUCUUAUAUAAUAUGUUAAUUCACUUUUUUGUAUGUUAAAACUUAUGGUGCCUAUUGAUACGUUACACAAAUUUUUUUCUGUUUCAUUUCAUGUUUUUUUAUUUCCGCUUGAUGACUUUACAGUGUGAGUUUAAAUUAUCCCUGACAUUGUGAAGUAUUUUUCCUACCAGCGUUAUAAAAUCUAAUAAUAAGCAAUAAAACUUGCGCAGAAAGUUA